CAGGAAAGAAGAGAUGAAAACAUGAGGAGGAAGAAGAGAAUGCCACAGGGUAGAAGAGAUGAAAACAUGAGGAGGAAGAAGAGAAUGCCACAGGGAAGAAGAGAUGAAAACAUGAGGAGGAAGAAGAGAAUGCCACAGGGAAGAAGAGAUGAAAACAUGAGGAGGAAGAAGAGAAUGCCACAGGGAAGAAGAGAUGAAAACAUGAGGAGGAAGAAGAGAAUGCCACAGGGAAGAAGAGAUGAAAACAUGAGGAGGAAGAAGAGAAUGCCACAGGGAAGAAGAGGUGAAAACCAGAGGAGGAAGAAGAGAAUACCAAAAGGUGGAAGAUUACAGAGAAAGGAUGGGGCAACAUCAGCUAAAUGGCGGUUCGGGGAUUAUCAGAAGGAAAAAUAUGAGUAUAAGACAAGAUGGAGGAUGAGGAGAGGAACUCCAGAGGGAGGAUCAUCGACCAUAUUGGUGGAAAAACAGGAGGAUGAUAACACAAGAUGACAGAUGAGAAGAGCGACAAGACAUGGAGUGUGAGGAAAGCAUAAGGAAUAACAAGACUUGGAAGGAGGAAAAAGUGUGGGCCAUGAUAUAGUACUGGAAGACCAAAUGUACACAUUAUGGGAGAGAUUUAUCAAAACCUGUCCAUAGCAACCAAUCAGAUUGCUGCUUUCAUUUCUCAGAGGCUUUUUCAAAAAUGAAAGAAGCGUUCUGGUUGCUAUGGGCAACUCAGCAAAUUUUCCUCUGGACAAGUUUUGAGGAAUCUCCUCCUAUGUUCAAGGAAGUUCAGCCAAUGACUUCCUGCAACUGAAAGACUUCUGCUCAGAUAAGAUACAAACAUGAAAUCUUUGGAAGAGGAGAUAGAUCAUCAAUCCCUGGAUGGAUA